CGGACAGGCAAACGGUUAGAUGGAAUGCUUCAGGUAUCUGCAGUCUGCAAAUGCAAGUGUAAGUGCAACUGCACGUAUCAGGUAAGGGUAGGUAGGCGAUGAUGCGGCUGCGGGUCGCGGAGGGUUGGAAGCGGCCGGAUUUGGAGACGUGCUGCCAGCCAGCCAGACUGGCUGACUGACUGACUGGAUGGACACCACUGGACACUGGACACUUGGAGACGGACGGCAGAAGGGACCAGGCGGGAGACGGAGCUCACGUAGCAAAGGGCAGGCCGCCGCCCAGGGUAGGAGGGUAACCCAAGGGACAGAGCCCUUGGGACCGAGGCAAGGUAGGUAAGAGUCUAAGGGAUUGCAAUGGUGCUCAGGAUGGCCGCCACUGAGGUGUCCCUUGCCCCCCCUUCUCCACCCCCGGAAUAUGCCUGGAGAGAGGUCUUGGUCUUGUUUGUGCUCUCCUGCCCGCCUCGCUCCGGUCCCCAAUCGAGCUGCCUUCCGACCACCGAGUGCUGGGUCCCGGCACACCACCAAGCGGAGCAAACAAGCCAAGUAAGGGGCUAACUCAACAAGACGAUUCGACGUGUGUACAUACCUUGGAUAGGUCUAGUGUUCAGGCUGGCGCAACACGUCAAAUAGCCAAAAGCUAGAUAGCGUGAGCGUUGAUCGGUGCCGUUAGGGAGCUGUGUGGAGAGCUAUGUAUGGGGAGCCUGGGUCUGGCAGUGUCUGGGUCUGGGUCCGGGUCCGGCGAGGCGGGCAGUUAGGUGACAAGUGACAGCUGCGGCGGCAGCGGCAGGGCAGGGCAGGGCAGGGC